AUGCAUGCUUUGCUUGCAGUGAAAUUGAUUGCGUUAAUAUAUUUUCUUCAUUUUAGAAUCUCUGAAUUUGCAACAGUCUGUGGUGAUAUUUCUACAGAAAAAAUACACGAAAGUAUUCCAUCAAUAUUAGGAAAUACAGAAGCUUCCACACUUGCAUUAGAACAUGAUGUUACUGUGCCACUGAAUAGUGUCUGUCAAGUGGACAGUUUUUCAGGGGCUAAAUUGGCUGACCUUGUGAACUUCCCAGCUGAGAGCACAGAGUGUACUUCAGCAUCUCCUGUUACUUCAGCUGUGUGUAGUACUGUUUCUGACAAAGUUACUCUAGAGAUGGAGUCUUGCCUUCAUUCUGAUGAAGCAGAGCCUACUGUCUAUUGUGUACAAGAUCUUGCACCUCCAGAUAAGGAAGCCUGCACACUUGAUGAAAAAACUGUGGAGACUUCUGUUGGAAUCUCUGAUUCCUUUCCAAGCAGUGAGACUGUGCAAGAUUUCCAAAAGGCAUGUUAUAAAUUUGACCUGUAUGAUACAGACUCAAUCAACCCUUUUAAGACUGGAGGAUCCAAACUGCAAAAUUCUCCACCCCCUGUUAAUAUAUCGGUGGUACCUGUUGAAGAAUUAUCUGAUGAUAAACCAGUGAAGAUGGAAUUUGUUAUGGAUGGGAUGGAGAAAAAUCCCUCUCCGAAGAAGUUUGGUAAAAGGCCUGUACCAAUCAAAAAGCAAGAAGUUCAGAAGUAUGAGUUUCCAGUAAAGAUGGAUGAACAGAGCAACAAUGAAGAGGCUAUAAUCCCUCCAAGAAAAUCAUCUUAUAGUUUUGAUUGGGACAAUCUAGAGGAUCCUAAUUUUAAUCCAUUUGGGGGAGGAGCCAAAGUCAAUAGCUCCCCUGUGGCAGUUUCCAGAGGUAUUGCUGAACAUGACACAAAUUCAGAUACGGCCAUUGCUAAAUGCAAGCUUGUGAUGCACAUUGCUAAAGAGACCGAAGUAGCUGACAAAUGUUCAGUAGUCCAGAGUGAUGUAAAGGAUGAUCAUAUAGAAAAAAACCCUGAUAUUUUGAAAGAAAAUGCAGAUAUAUCUACAGUAUGUACUACAGUACAAUCGGACUAUAAAGAAGCCUCCACAAUUGCCUUAGAGACUGAUGUUGCUCCAGUAGGGGUUGUCUGUAAGGGAGACAAUUUCCCGCAAGUGAAUUCCUCUGAAACUGGAUCUAACAACUUUGUGAAGUCUUCAGUUGAGGACACUGAGUGUACUUCAGUGAUGGAGUCUUGUUUUCAUUCUGAAGGAGAGCCUGUUCUCUGCUCUGUAGAAAACUUUGCUCCUCCAAGUAGCAGUUACUCCAAGUUUGAUAACAUUGAAGCCAGCUCAUUUGAUAAAAGGAGUGCAGAGAAUUCUGUAGGACUUGCUGAUGCUGUUGAUGACUUUCCAGUCUGUGAGGCUAAGCAGAAUUCUCAGAAGGCAUCUUAUAACUUUGACCUGUGUGAUACAGACUCUAUCAACCCUUUCAAAUCUGGAGGAUCAAAGCUGCAAAAUUCACCUCCUAAUGGUCAGACUAUGUCUGUAGUAGCUGUUGGAGGGUCAUCUGAUGAUAAAGCAAUGAAGAUGGAGUUUGUAAUCGACAGUGGUGUGGAGAAAAAGCCUCCUCCGAAGAAAUUGGGUAAAAGGCCUAAUGUUAAGGUACCAGUUAAAAAGCAAGAAGCUGAGAAGGAUCAGUUUCCAGGAAAGAGAGACAAACCAAUUAAAGAUGAAGUGGAUACAGUUCCACCAAGCAAAGUGUCUUAUAAUUUUGACUGGGACAAGUUGGAUGAUCCUAAUUUUAAUCCAUUUGGGGGCGCAUCCGAAAUAUGUGGCUCCUCUGUAGCAGCUUCCCAAGAUGUUGCUAAAUGUGACCUAGAUUCAGAUUUGUCCAAUGUUAAAUGCAAACUUAGAGAGGUGCACAAAGAUGCAGACGUAACUGAUAAAUGUCCAAUCAUCCAAACUAAUCCAAAAGAUCAACUUGGAGAGGUGCACAAAGAUGCAGAAGUAACUGAUAAAUGUCCAGUCAUCCAAACUAAUCCAAAAGAUCAAAAUGAGAACUUCUCAGAAGGAUCAAAGUCUAACCCAGAGAAAUUGCCUGUUACAAACUUUGGAUUAGAAGACACAACAUAUUCAGAAGAAACUGUAAUCGGACCAGUUUUGGAUUUGUCUAAAAUUCAGUCUGUUUCAACAAGGCAGAGUGCUGCUGUUGAUGGUUGUCUAGACGACGAUAUGUUUGUUCCUGCAUCAGAAUUGGAAGGUUUUGACAAGCCAAUCGAAAUUGAUUACUUGGAGCAGUUUGGAACGUCUUCAUUCAAGGAAUCUGCAUUGAGGAAGCAGUCACUGUUCUUGAAAUUUGACCCUCUCUUGAGAGAAAGUCCUAAGAAACAGUCUCCCUUUCGAAGUGAGAACAAAGCUACCAUGUAUCCACUGUUGUGCAUUAUUGAGCAAAGACGGGUUUCAGUUGAAAACAAAAUUGCAGAAGAAAAUUUGCAGAAUGAAGAAAAGCCUAAAGGUCUUGAUCUACUUGGGACAUUUCCUGUACCCUGCCUGCCUAACAGUUCUGAAGAUGCCAUUUUUGAAGUACUCAAGUACAGUCAACGGGAUAUGGAUGCUGUGGUAGAAAAACUAAGGCAAGAGGUUCAAGAGACAGAACUGCAAUCUAGAGACUGGAAAAAUAAAUACGAGACUCUUGAAGUUGAAUGUCUGGAAAUGAGAAAAAUUGUUGCAGAGUAUGAAGGCACCAUAACUCAAAUGAUGGAGGAUUACCUAAAACAGAAAGAAAGUACCACUGCUGAGAUAAAGAAACUGCAAGCAGAGAAACGUCAGGCUGUAGCUGAACUGAAUGCCCUUGAAAAAUCUUUCUCUGAUAUGUUGAAACGAACAGAGAAGCAGAAGGAAGUAAUUGAAGGUUACUGCAAAAAUGAAGAGGCUUUGAAGAAGUGUGCAAAAGACUACCUUGCAAGAAUUAAGAAAGAAGAGCAGAGGUAUCAAGCGCUUAAAGCCCAUGCUGAGGAGAAACUAAAAUUGGCAAAUGAGGAGAUUGCUCAGGUACGAAGUAAGGGGAAGGCUGAGGUGGCUGCACUGCAAGCCAGUCUUCGCAAAGAGCAAAUGAGAAUCCAGUCCUUAGAAAAGAGCCUCGAACAAAAGGCGAAAGAAAAUGAAGAAUUAACCAAAAUUUGUGAUGAUCUUAUACUGAAGAUGGAAAAGAUUUGAUUAUUGGAGAUUUUUUGCAUAUUUCCGUUUUUGCACAUAUUUUAGUGUUCAUCUGAGUCUGUUGCCCUGUCAUUCAUCUCUUGUGUUUUAAUGUUUAUAGAAUUCUCCUUCCUGUCAAUCACUUUCUGUAAAUAAAGUUGUCUUAUUUUGUUA